AACGAGGCUCAAAUAAAUUAUUGCUUUCCCCCUCCCCAUUUAUUUUAUUUUCUGUUCUCACCUAACUUCAAGACAGCGCCUCAAGUUUGGAGCUUUAAUCUGUGCAAGGUUCGAUUCAUUUCUGCAAGUGAGCUUUGAUCUAGAUGACUUGUUUGGAAGCUUCGAUUCUAUAAACCCUAAUUUGAUAAUAACUGUUGGUAAUUGGAACGCCAUACUUCUAUCGGGAAGAAGAACUAUGCUUGGUUAGGUUUUCUUCUUCAAUUUGAUGGUUCUUGGCAUUCUAAGAACUAACAGACGUUACUAUCGUUUUUGGAAAGCUCAAAGUCUGCACUUAGAGGGCGUUCAUUGUGGUUUUGGUUCAUUAACUUUUGGUAAUAUGAUAGAAGUCGAAGUAAAGGAUGCUUCUAGUUUGUGUACUAUAGUUGAUGGAGAAUGCCAUGCUCAGCAUUCAGUAUCAACAAGUGAGGACCAGAAUUGCAUGUCUGCAAGUGUGAAUUGCACGCCUGAAAUAGAAAAGAAGUAUGUCCAUCGUGUCUAUGAUGCUAUUGCUCCCCAUUUCAGCUCCACCCGCUUUGCGAAGUGGCCUAAAGUUGCCACUUUUCUGAGAUCGUUGCCUUCUGGUUCUAUUGUAUUGGAUGCAGGGUGCGGAAAUGGGAAAUAUUUGGGAUUAAAUCGAGAUUGUCAUUUUAUAGGAUGUGAUAUAAGUGCUCCUCUUAUCAAAAUUUGUGCUGAUAGAGGGCAUGAAGUUUUGGUUGCAGAUGCUGUAAAUCUUCCUUACAGAACUGGUUUUGGCGAUGCAGCAAUUUCUAUAGCAGUGCUACAUCACUUAAGUACAGAGAAUAGGAGAAAGAAAGCAAUUGAAGAAUUAGUGCGGGUAGUAAAAAAGGGUGGCUUAGUUCUAAUAACAGUUUGGGCUGUAGAACAGGAGGAUAAAACAUUGGUUACUAAAUGGACUCCACUAACCGAAAAAUAUGUGGAAGAAUGGAUAGGACCAGGUAGUCCCCGUGUUCGUAGCACUCCAUCUUUUACCCUAGAAAGUAUCCCAGAGACCGAGGAAAAUGGUGUAGGAGAGCCCAAAAAGGAUUCCCAGGGAAAUAUUACUGAGAAGUUGCAAGAAGCUGUGUGCAUAUCUCCUCAAUGUCAAGGUGAUACAUCUGCUUGUAGAGAUAAAUGGACUGUUGAGAAUCAAGAAUAUUUUGUUCCUUGGCAUUUACCUUAUCACCGUGCUGAAGUUAGCGGUGCUUCUGCUUGUGCUCUUGCGAAUGGUCUGGCAAAGAAAGAUGACAAAAAGAGUGCUGUAGUGUACAACAGAUAUUAUCAUGUGUUUAGUGAAGGUGAACUUGAAAGGUUAGUUUCCGGAAUGGAGAGUGCAGUGGUUGUUGAUCGGUUUUAUGAUAAAUCAAACUGGUGCAUUAUUCUUGAGAAAACAUCAUGAAAAGCAAGGUCAUCAGAGUAUCUGAUUGGAUCUCAUGUUGUACAAACACCACUUUUUGGCGAUCCAAAUUCAAACUCCUUUGAGAAAUAACCAAGGUGGAGGUCACCCAUGUGGCGAAGGUGCUUGGACAUGUUUGUGUUUUGAGAUAGAGGAAGCUUUUGGACCAUAUUCCAAUCUAGAUCUCUUUGAAUGUGUCAUAAAAAAUGGUGGAUGGCUUUUUUUUUUUUUUAAUGAUUCGAGGCAUGAUCUAGAUACAUCUCUUUUUGCUGUUCAGUGAUUAAUUAUCUUGUCUGUAUCCUGCAUUUAAUUGCCCAGGAGAUGAAUGGGGAAUGUUAAAGAGUAAUACUAAGUUGCCAUGUGCUCAGCAUCUUCAAA